CCGAUCGACUCCGAGAUCAGCCUCGACUAAUAAGAACUGCGACUGCCCUCGCUGCCGGUGAAUCCAAUAUCCACCUCGGGUUCUAUUCUCGAUCGGUGGCCCUCCCUCUGAUUCCAAUCCGGCCUUACGUUCUCGCCGCGUCAAUUCCAACCUCGUGAUCAGGCAUGGCUGGAAUGGCACCGGAAGGAUCACAAUUUGAUGCUCGUCAAUAUGAUGCUAAAAUGACUGAGCUGCUAACUGCGGAUGGGCAAGAAUUCUUCACCUCAUAUGAUGAGAUUUGUGAAAGUUUUGAUGACAUGGGACUUCACGAAAACCUUCUUAGAGGCAUUUAUGCCUAUGGUUUUGAGAAACCAUCUGCAAUUCAGCAAAGAGGAAUAGUUCCCUUUUGUAAGGGUCUAGAUGUUAUUCAGCAAGCACAGUCAGGCACAGGAAAAACUGCAACUUUUUGCUCUGGAAUACUGCAGCAGCUUGAUUAUGGCUUGGUCCAAUGCCAGGCUUUAGUUCUUGCCCCCACUAGAGAACUAGCACAGCAAAUUGAGAAAGUCAUGCGAGCACUUGGUGACUAUUUAGGUGUCAAAGUUCAUGCUUGUGUAGGAGGGACUAGUGUCCGAGAGGAUCAACGGAUUCUUCAAAGUGGGGUCCAUGUCGUGGUUGGUACUCCAGGUCGUGUCUUUGAUAUGUUGAGGAGGCAAUCCCUUCGUCCCGACUACAUUAAAAUGUUUGUCUUGGAUGAGGCAGAUGAAAUGCUUUCACGAGGCUUCAAGGAUCAGAUAUAUGAUAUCUUCCAGUUACUCCCUUCAAAAAUUCAGGUGGGCGUCUUCUCUGCCACAAUGCCGCCUGAGGCCCUAGAGAUCACCAGGAAGUUUAUGAACAAACCUGUUAGGAUCCUUGUGAAGCGUGAUGAACUCACCCUGGAGGGUAUAAGGCAGUUUUAUGUCAAUGUCGAGAAAGAAGAGUGGAAGCUUGAUACCCUCUGCGACCUUUAUGAAGCACUGACCAUCACUCAAAGUGUCAUCUUUGUUAACACUCGACGCAAGGUUGACUGGCUCACGGAUAAGAUGAGGAGCAGGGAUCACACGGUUUCUGCUACUCACGGAGACAUGGACCAAAACACCAGGGACAUUAUAAUGCGGGAAUUCCGUUCUGGCUCCUCUCGUGUUCUCGUCACUACUGACCUUCUUGCUCGUGGUAUUGAUGUCCAGCAAGUGUCAAUGGUGAUAAAUUAUGAUCUGCCUACUCAACCGGAGAACUACCUCCAUCGGAUCGGACGAAGUGGACGUUUCGGAAGAAAGGGUUCCGCAAUAAACUUUGUUACCCGUGAUGAUGAGAGGAUGCUAUUUGAUAUACAGAGGUUCUACAAUGUGGUGAUAGAGGAGCUGCCUUCCAAUGUUGCCGAUCUCAUCUGACGAGAUCCUUCGACAUUAAUGCCUUUGUAGGCCUGUUUCUUUUUGUCAAACCAUCCAUUUUGGGUGGAAUGAUUCAGCCUUUUUAUAUCUUCCUUCGAUGGUAACUUGUUCCAAUUUAUUGUUAUUCCAUCUCUCCAAAGCUACGAAGCUGUCCAGAUCUCUUGUAUGAGCAUUUGGGUACUUUCAGAGAAGCAAGAUGAAUAUAUAUAUUUUUUUAUUUGAA